GAUAAAGAGAGGGAGAAACAGAGAGAAAAGUCUUCCAUCCGCUGGGUCACUCCCCAAAUGGCCACCGUGGCCAGAGCUGAGCCCAUCCAAAGCCAGGGGCCAGAAUCUUCUUCCAGGUCUCCCACGUGGGUGCAGGGGCCCAAGGACCUGGGCCAUCUUCUGUAGCUUUCCCAGGCCAUAGCAGAGAGCUGGAUAGGAAGUAGAGCAGUCGGGACACAAACUGGCACCCAUAUGGGAUGUCGGGGCUGCAGGCAGAAGCUUAGCCUAUUAAAGCCACAGUCUUGGACCCUUCACCAUUUUCAAUACUAACCUCUGACCUUUGAUCUCCUGACCCUGAAGAAUGCCUUUCCAAAGCAUUUACAUAUACAGGCUUGGCGGUGACUACUAUAGCUGUCAUUGUCCCUGUGGGACAGCGCGGUGACUACUAUAGCUGUCAUUGUCCCUGUGGGACAGCGGCAUGCCCAGGAGAUCUGCCUGGCGGGGAGGGUGCUCACAGGGGGACCCACACCCAUUUGCAAAGCCCCCCUCCCCUCCGCCCACAGCUGGGACAGUGGUGCCCCCAACAGCGGCCUCAUCUCUGACCCAGAGCAGACCAAGGCAGGGAGGGGGCCUCUGCUCAGCCUUGAGACCGCCCUGCAGACACAACAAGGGGUGGGGUCCCCACCCGCAGAGGGCGGGGCAAAGCCCUAGAUAUCCUGGGAGUGCUCCUGGCCCUCGGGGACUCUGUCCACCGGCCGCCCAUGGACCGCACUGUGGUGCUCAUCACGGGCUGCUCCUCAGGCAUCGGCCUGCACCUGGCCGUCCGCCUGGCCUCGGACCCAUCCCAGAGCUUCAAAGUGUACGCCACCCUGCGGGACCUGGGGGCGCAGGGCCCACUGCUGGAGGCAGCCCGAGCCCGGGGGUGCCAGCCCGGCUCCCUGGAGACCUUGCAGCUGGACGUAAGGGACUCGGAUUCUGUGGCCGCCGCCCGGACACGUGUGACUGAGGGCCGCGUGGAUGUGCUGGUGUGCAACGCGGGUCGGGGAUUGCUCGGGCCGCUGGAGGCGCACUCGGCGGACACCGUCGCCUCCGUGCUGGAUGUGAACGUGGUCGGCUUGGUGCGGACGCUGCAAGCCUUCCUGCCGGACAUGAAGCGGCGCGGCUCUGGUCGCGUGCUGGUGACCGGCAGCGUGGGCGGCUUGAUGGGGCUGCCCUUCAACGACGUCUACUGCGCCAGCAAGUUCGCGAUCGAAGGUUUAUGCGAGAGCCUGGCCAUUCUGCUGCCGCCCUUCGGGGUCCACUUAAGCAUCAUCGAGUGUGGUCCGGUGCACACGGCCUUCCUGGAGAAGCUGGAGGGCGGCCCCGGAGGGGCCCUGGACCGCGCGGACGCCCAGACGCGUCAGCUCUACUCCCGCUACGAGCGCCACUACGAGCAGGUCUUCCGCGAGACGGGGCAGGACCCCGAGGAGGUGACGGAGGUCUUCCUCACCGCGCUGCGCGCCCCGGAGCCCUCCCUGCGCUACUUCAGCACCGAGCGCUUCCUGCCCCUGACGCGGCUGCGCCUGGACGACCCCAGCGGCUGCAACUACGUCGCCGCCAUGCACCAAGCGGUGUUCGCCGCCGAGAGCGCCGAGGCCGGCCCCGAAGGCCCUGGGGACCCCGAGCCCGGCGCGCCUCCCGCCGCCCCGUAAUAAAGGCUUGGUCUGCGGUG